UGAAAAAAUGCACAAUUUUGUUAAUCGUACACCCGUUUCUCAGGAUAUGAAAGAGACUUUAUUGGGAAUGCAUCGUAUAGAAUCUGUUUACGAUUUACAGGCCUGGGAUAUGGCUAAUGGUGUUAUUUCAGGCCACAAACUAGAAAGCCAGAUGUCAGCUUCCGAUUGCCAAGCCCUAGCUAACUAUAUGUACAAGGAGUCGGAGUUUAGACGAGCGGCCCAGUGGUACAGAAUAGCUUUACAUUUUAUCAAGGAACCACGAAAUGGUAUAGCCGCCGAAAUCUAUGGUCCUAAGAGAGAAGAUCUCAAAAAGAUGUUUCUGAUUAGUCGUAUUCAAGAGGGUUCUGUCGACGACAUACCAUCUUACCUGGAGGAACUUUCACAAAAACCAAAUAUUCCCCUGGCCUAUCUGACCCCCAAGCCUUCACCCACUCCCAUACAAAAAGGAUGUAGGGGAAAGUAUACCGAUCGGCCCAGAUUAGUUUGUCGCUAUAAUACUACAACAACACCUUUUAUGCGAAUUGCUCCUUUGAAAGAAGAGGAAAUAAGCAAAGAUCCACUCAUUUGGCUUUAUCACGAUGUGCUUUUCGACAGUGAGAUUGCCCAGCUAACCAGUAAUUUAACUAGGGAGGAUAUGACCCAAGGGUACACGGAUAAUUAUACAACACCGGAUAAAGGAUAUCGACUUUUCCAGGUGAAAAUAUACGAGGGUGACGGCGAAAAGUUGGACAGAACCUUGGUGAAUCGGAUGAGAGAUAUAUCCGGCCUAGAUGCCGGACUUAAAACGUAUCUGGCCAGAGCAAAUUAUGGCCUGGGUACCUAUUUUCAGGAGCACAGUGAUUAUUUGGAUAUCAAAAAACAUCCAGAGUCUGGCGCUGAAGGAGAUCGUUUGUUUACACUCCUUUUCUAUGCCAGUGAUGUCGAAAUGGGUGGUGCUACUGUAUUCCCAGCUGCCAAUAUCAGCAUUCAGCCAAAGAAAGGAACCGCCUUAUUUUGGUACAACCUCCACAACGAUUGGGAACCGAAUCCUUUGUCACGUCAUGCAGUGUGUCCCAUGGUCCUUGGAAACCGAUGGACUUUAUUUAAGAGCAUGCUAUCUCACCGGCAAAUGUUUCUGAAGCUCUGCUACAAGUAGUACAUAUAAAACUUUAUUUUAAUUAAAAAUAUCCUUACACAUGUGUAUUUCAAAUA